GUACCUAGUGUAAUUUAUUUGUUCGUGUUAUUUUUUAUCUUUACUGUAAAGUACCUACCUACGGACGCCUUCGAUUUUUUUGUUUAUUUGUUUUGAAAUAAGUUUUGUGAUUUCAUUAUCACGACGAUGAGUGAAAAUAAUACAAAAUGCGUAUUUUGUGAAAAGAAUACUGAUAAAAAAACGAUUAAAUUCACGUCGGAAACAUUGAAAAAAUGCAAGACUGUUAUGGAGUAUUGUCGGAGCAAGCCUAACGUUAGAAAAUCACGGAAAAAAUACAAUAAUAUUGAACUUUCGGAUGAAUCGUUAAAUGAAGGAUAUCACGCGAAGUGCUAUAAGUUAUUUACAGCGAUUCAAAUACCUGCAGAUUUUCAAAAGAAUGAAGAAAAUAAAGUUGAGGAUACUAACAAGAACAUCGAAUCACAUGCUGCUGCUCCUUCUUCGACAACUGAGGCUGUUGCGUCGACAGACGAAGUGGAUGAGUCAAGCGACUUUGAGGAUCUUUGUGAUGAAGUUUGCAGCGAACCGUUUUACUAUGUCACCGAGGAAGAUUUUUCACAAUUGAAAUGCUUUCUUUGUAAGAAAUCGAAAAGACUGAAUUAUGGCCGUAGAGUUCCCCUCAUAUUAGGUGUUGAUAAACAAACCGAAACUGUAUUGAAAACUGCAGCCACAACACUUAAAGACAAAAGAUUGUUAAAAAAGAUAAAUUCAUUUUCUAAAGAUUUUAAUAUCGCUUAUCAUAAGUGUUGUAAAGACUACUAUUUGCGAGGCAUUUCAAAACGGGAUGCUAAUAAAUUUAUUAAAAGAGAGAAGGAAUUGAAUGAUAGUACUUGUCAAAGCCUAGCUAAAGCGAUGGAUAAAUACCUCGUCCAAGAUACUAAACGUUUGUUUAUUGAACAUAUCAGGGAGGAAUUCAAGAAAUUAGAAGAAGAAGAUGCCAAAUCACCGGAUACUGUAAACAGUACACCACUUUACAUGCGUCUUCAGGAUAGGAAAAUUAUCAAAACCUUUUACGAUAAGCUUGCGGCUAGUCGCCAAGAGAAGCAAGAGGUUCCGUGUCUUUCUGCUGACAAAGAUGAAGUUUAAAUAAAUAAGUACCUAUUUUUUCUUUUUUGGUUUUCCCCGAAGGGUAAGGCAAAGGGAACUAUACCCAUACAGUCAUGUCUGACGUAUUUUUUUUUCUUGAUGAUUAAUGAAAUGAUGAAAGGUGAUGAUGAUGAAACCUAAGCCCCCACCCUCGGAGUAGACUCCUACUCCGAACCCCAAACGAAUUGACUCAAAAGUCCGCAUAAACUUUUGAGCUAUGAAGCGGCUUCCUGACACGAAGCGAAAAUAGGCAGAUACACUUUGUUCAUUGAAUACUCCACUCGCGAAUGUCUUCCGACUAACUUAAUGCGAUCAUUAUCCACAAAAAAAGUACCUAUUCUACAUUUUAGAAUUUAUAUAUAUAUUUUAUUAAUGGUGAUUGGUUCUCUUUUGAUUGUAUUUUCUUAUUUGUAAAAUUUAUAAAUCUUGUAUUUGCAUAUUGUAUUUUUUUAAAUUUAUAAACUUAUGGACUUUCCAUAGUUCUUUUGUAUGGUAUUAUAUUAUGGUAUGGUGGUUUUAUUAUGGUAUUAUAAUAUGUUGAGUGAUACUUGUCCUUCCAUUGUUGGAUAGCCUUUAUUGUGAUAGGUUAUCCAAUAUAUGUAGUUGUUUAAGGCGUCUCGUAUCGAGCGGUUUGCUAAGGUUCUCCAAAUAGUGGUUUACAUGGUGUGUGAUUCUGUCUUUGUAUCUCUUUGUCAUGUUAGAUAAUGUAUUUCUUUUUAAUAAACUUUUUUGAGCUAAAACA